UGUUUGAAUCUUGCAUGUAUUAGAUUUGGGGAACCCUUGUUAGACUAGAAUGUGGUUUGGAUACAUAGGUUGACAUGUUAUUUAUAUAGUUUGGAUACAUAGGUUGACAUUUUAUUUAUAUGGAAAAGAUAUUUGUAUUGAAUCUUGCAUGAGGUAGGCUUAGUUUAGUUUAUUGAAAUUACAUUUGUAUUGGCAAGAAUGGUUUGGAUACAUAUGCUUUGUAUUUUGCAUCUAGUAGGCGUACUUUAGUUUAUUUGUAUUGAAAAGAUAAUCGUGUUGACAAGAAAGCUUUCUUUCAAAAUUGUUAGGAUGGUUUGGCUUCUCGAUGAUCACUGGGACAAACAACACCGGUCGUACGCUAUGGCGGUGGAGCAGCGGGCGCUUGCACCUUUGAAGCUUCGUUCUCACGGGGUCACCCUUGGGUGGAUGCGCUAUGAUGAGCGAUACACACCGUAUGUAAGGGAGACAGGACUUCUCCCUUUCAUUCAUAUGGUCAGACGGUCGACGCCACCCAACAAUGCUCCAGCACUCACCGCGCUUAUUGAUCAUUGGCGGCCGGAGACACAUAGUUUCCAUCUACGGACCGGGGAGAUGACAGUGACGCUCCAGGAUAUUGCUAUGAUCACCGGUCUUCCUAUCGAUGGGAAUCCUCUAUGUAUGAGCACCGACUCCGAUGGGUGGCGCGCGCAGAUGCAUGCCCUUAUCGGUAUGGUUCCUCCGGAGCCUCCGGAACCAGCAGCAGAAAACAAGAAGAAGGAAAGAGUCGCAGCCGGUGCUACUUUCACGUGGAUUACUGAGCACUUUGGUACUUGCCCACCGGAAGCUGAUGAGGACACGGUCAAGAUAUAUGCUCGUGUCUACAUGUGGUAUGUGAUAUCCAGGACUAUGUUUGCUGAUGGCACAGGCAAGAAUGCUCCAUGGAUGUGGCUGAAGGCGUUGACCGUCUUCGAUAGCAAAUGGAGUUGGGGUUCGGCGACACUGGCUUACUUGUGUGCGAGCAAUUUGUUCAACAAAGUGGCGAACCGCUUCUCGGAGAAAGCAAGACAACAAUCUUGAAGAUCAUCGGCCAACUCCUUAAGGCCACAUGCCCUAUAGAAGUUCGAACAAAAGUGCCUCAUGCACCAUUGAUGGUGCAACAGAGCAUGCCCGGGAAUGUCAAUCUCCACUGCGUUAAGAAUUCCUGCAUGCCGAUCCGAUAUGACACAAAUUUUCCUUUGAGCGGGUAACACCUUCGUCCUCAAAAGACGCAUAAACCACUCCCAGUUGUCAUUGUUCUCCGCCUCAACCAAAGCAAAUGCCAAUGGCAACACCCGGUUAUUGGCAUCACUUGCUAUCGCAACCAACAAGGUGCCCUUGUAUUGUCCGGUCAAGAACGUGCCAUCAAUGGAGAUGACCAGCCUACAGUGUUCGAAAGCCCUCACGCAUUGCUCGAACGCCCAAAAUGCACGGCCAAAUACUCGGACUUUCUUUCCUUCAUAAACCGUUGUUUGGUGCCCAUGAGGCUCGACAACAUGAACCAUGCCCGGGUUUGUGGCGGCCAUGGCUAACAACAACCUAGGGAUUCGGUUGUAUGCUUCCUCCCAAGUACCAUACAACAUCUUAAAUGCGGCUUGCUUCGCCUUCCAUGCCUUGCCGUAUUUCACCUUGUAAUGAAAGAUGGCUUUCACAAGGUCAAUGACAUGUUGGACGCUCAUUGUUGGAAGUGUGGAUAUUGAGUUGGAGAGCCUGUAAGCGAUGAACUCAGACGUGAGUUGUCUGUGGUCUUGGGACACAAUCUUGCCAUCCACCCUUUUGCCUCGGCACAUGUGAGUUGGCACACAACUCACUACGUGCCAAGCGGGACCUCCUUUCCAUGGUCUUGCACGCACAAUCCACGGACAUAUUUCAUCUUCACAUGCACAUGCAACCGUGUAGCGCAUAUUGACGUCCGAAUGCACCACCUUGUGUGGACGAUAAUGCGUAACCGAGUAGUUGUCGAGCCACAUCUUCAAUUCCAAGAAGGUUUCGAACUUACACCCUUUACCAAUCCGGUUCUUGUCGUCUCCCAAAUCACGGUGAGAGCUUGGCCUAACCCCAAGAGAUAUAGAUUUGCCACCAUCCACAACGGCUUCAUCCGCGAGACUAACAUCCUUGAACAAUGGUGUCUUGUGAUCCCGACCGAAUACCUUCUCGAAAGCUUCGGCCUCCUUC